UCCUAGAACGCCUUGACGCAAAACUUCAAAAGUAUAACACCAACCUUCAUUUGAACUUCCAUGGCGGCUUUCAAUUUCCGAUUUUACCCUUCCCGCGGCUAGCGUCCCUCCGACACUGCAAUCUCAAUCCAAUCUCUCCCCAGUUGUUUCUCGUUCGUCUUUGGCCAGUUUUCGCGCCGGAUGGGGGAAGACUCGCGAAACUCGGUUCUGAGUCAACUCGUUGACUCGGUGAAGGCGACAUCCGAGUUGCCUGAGUCACGCAACGCGUUCAAGAGGACGAGCGGGGAUUUGGUGCGGCGAGUGAAGCUGCUGAGCCCGAUGUUCGAGGAAUUGAGAGACGGCGACGAAGCGAUCGGCGAUGAAGAAAUGGAAGCUUUGGAGUCUCUGAAACUCGCUUUGGAUUCCACCAAGGAGCUCAUCGAAUCGGUGAAUCAGGGAAGCAAGAUUUUUCAGGCUUUCCAUCGCGACGAGAUUGCAAAUAAGUUCCACAACGUGACAGAACAAAUUGAAGCAGCACUGGUUGAGAUUCCUUAUAAGAAAUUUGCUAUAUCGGAUGAAGUUCGAGAACAGAUUGAGCUUGUGCAUUCUCAAUUCAAAAGAGCAAAAGAAAGAACAGAGCCACUAGACUCACGACUGGAUAUGGAUUUAGCCAUGGCCGAGAAUGAAGAUGACCCUGACCCUGCAAUACUGAAAAGGCUUUCGGAAAAGCUACAUCUGAGGACUGUCAAUGACCUAAAACUGGAGUCAGUUGCGUUCCACGAAUUGGUAAUCUUUAGUGAUGGAAAUCCAGGGGAGUCUUUUCAAAAGAUGUCAUCACUGCUUAAGAAGUUAAUGGACUAUGUACUGUUAGAGAACCCAGUAAGCGACGCCCCUGCCGGGGAUAAGGGCAUGGUUAAGCACAGAUCUCCUGUUAUCCCAGAUGAUUUUAGGUGCCCAAUAUCGCUUGAACUGAUGAAAGAUCCUGUGAUUGUCUCUACCGGACAGACAUAUGAAAGAUCCUGUAUUCAAAAGUGGUUGGAAGCUGGGCAUAAAACCUGCCCCAAGACACAGCAAACACUAUUGCACACGGCCUUGACACCUAACUACGUCCUGAAAAGUUUGAUUGCUUUGUGGUGUGAGAACAAUGGUGUUGAGCUGCCAAAAACACAAGGAAAUUGUAGAAGCAAGAAAUGCGGAAGCUCUAUCUCAGACUGUGACCGGGCUGCUAUUGAUGUGUUGUUGGAAAAGCUAGCAAACGGAGAUCCAGAGCAACAAAGAGCAGCUGCUGGUGAGCUCCGUCUGCUGGCAAAGAGGAAUGCAGAUAACAGAGUAUGCAUUGCUGAGGCAGGAGCUAUUCCACUCCUCGUUGAACUGCUAUCCUCUCCUGAUCCUCGAACCCAGGAGCAUGCUGUUACAGCGCUUCUCAACCUUUCAAUAAACGAUAUUAACAAGGCAUCAAUUGUAAAUGCCGGAGCUAUACCCGAUAUAGUGGACGUGUUGAAAAAUGGAAGCAUGGAGGCUAGAGAAAAUGCAGCUGCGACCCUUUUCAGUUUAUCCGUCGUCGAUGAGAACAAGGUUGCUAUAGGAGCAGCUGGGGCUAUCCCUGCUCUUAUAAAAUUGCUCUGUGAGGGGACUCCUAGAGGGAAAAAGGAUGCUGCCACUGCUAUUUUUAAUCUCUCAAUCUAUCAGGGAAACAAGGCCAGGGCUGUAAGGGCCGGUAUUGUAGAUCCACUUAUGAGAUUGCUAAAGGAUGCAGGAGGGGGUAUGGUAGAUGAGGCACUCGCAAUUCUGGCCAUUCUUGCCAGUCACCAAGAAGGGAAGACGGCAAUUAGCCAAGCUGAGCCAAUCCACGUUCUGGUGGAGGUUGUAAGAACUGGUUCCCCACGCAACCGGGAGAAUGCAGCUGCUGUGUUGUGGUCACUAUUCAUUGGUGAUCCGCAGCAGCUGAAACUAGCGAGGGAACUUGGUGCAGAAGAGGUUUUGAAAGAACUGUCGGAGAAUGGGACGGAUAGGGCCAAGAGAAAAGCUGGAAGUAUUUUAGAGCUCCUUCAGAGGAUUGAAAGUGAAUGUUAAUCCAAAGAGAUUAUAGUUAACUCUUCGGUGCUGCCACUCUGGUAUCUUUGAUCUACAUCAGCGUCUAAACUGUCUCAUGUACAAAGGGCCGGUAAGCAAAGUUGGUGGCUCGAAUAUACUACAGGGCUGCAUAAUCUGGUGUUGAAGGGCGGAAUUGAUCAGUGGGUUCCAAGAAAUAUUCUCUUCACUAUGGCCGGAUUUAGGAGGAUUUGGUCUUCUGAAAAAGCAUUCAUCUAAUCAUCACACCCCACAUAGAAUAUACAAAUAAAUUAAAAUUGUAAAUUCGCAUUCCUGCGUCUUUCUUUGUAUUAUCCACAUCCAAAUUAUCUCACUUUUGAUUACCUGUAAAGAUUAAAGAUUUGAUUAGCACUAGAGAAAAUGUUAAUGUAUUGCCGUAGAAGGUGUAAUGAACUUUUGAAUAUUUAGAUUGGUAUGGAAUAUAAUGUUGCUUUUGCUUUCCC